GUUUAUCUGACGUCACAUUUCCGAUUCCGGCACACAACCUCUUUUUCGAUAUCGCCAAAAUGACCUCGCAGAUUUCCAAGAAGCGGAAGUUUGUCGCGGAGGGCGUAUUCAAAGCCGAAUUGAACGAGUUCCUGACUCGUGAGCUAGCCGAGGAUGGCUACAGUGGUGUGGAAGUCAGAGUGACACCUACCCGUACCGAAAUCAUCAUUCUUGCGACGAGAACUCAAAAUGUUCUUGGAGAGAAGGGCCGCAGAAUCAGAGAACUGACCUCUGUUGUACAAAAACGAUUCAACUUUCCAGAAAAUGCGAUUGAGUUGUAUGCAGAAAAGGUGGCGACACGUGGGCUAUGUGCUAUUGCACAGUGCGAGUCUCUUAGAUACAAAUUGAUUGGCGGACUGGCUGUAAGAAGGGCAUGCUAUGGUGUGUUACGCUUCAUCAUGGAGAGCGGAGCCAAGGGCUGCGAGGUAAUUGUGUCGGGCAAGCUCCGAGGUCAGAGGGCCAAGUCCAUGAAGUUUGUUGAUGGACUCAUGAUCCACAGUGGCGACCCCUGCAAUGACUAUGUCGAUAUGGCCGUUAGACAUGUACUGCUCAGACAGGGUGUACUUGGCAUCCGAGUAAAGAUCAUGUUGCCAUGGGAUCCGUCUGGCAAGCUUGGACCCAAGAAGCCUCUUCCUGACCAGGUGAACAUUGUUGAACCCAAGGAGGAGGAGCUUCCAACUGCACCAAUCAGUGAGCAGAAAAAUGCUAAGCCAGAGACCCCUGCGGCUCCGGUCGCUGCUCCAGGCCCAAUUCCGCAGUAGACGGUGCUUAGGUGUCGGCCAUCGGUACGAGAAAGCCGUGAUUAACCAAGAAGACACCCUUAGCAGCAUAAAAUGUAUCUGGCUCCUGUACAGAAUAAAAAAAGACAAAGCUAUUCUUAGU